CUUGUUUUGCUUCAAGUGGACAGUUCUUGCUGUUAGCGUUUGAGCCCUUGGCCUGAUGGGUCUGACCUGUUCUGAGCUGCAACAUGCCUGUCGGGAAGAAUGCGAUAAAGAAAGGAGGUGCUAUGUGGACCAGAAUGAGAUGAAGUUUGCUCCACCAUGUCCCGAAUUCAAGCCCUGUGUUAGCCAAAUGCAAACCAGUGGACAGCGCAACUACUUCAGCCCCUCUUCAAGGUCCACAGCGGCGACCUCCUCUUAUAGUCUGCAGACAGGACACCGAUUGUCACCUCAGUCGGUGAGUUGGGCAGAUGGUCUUGGGAAGCGUCCUGGAGUCCCCAUCGGCCGAGUGCAGUUGACGCCAAAGGCAACGUCAUUCCCACAUCGGCCUUCAGCAUCUCUUCAGUCAGCAAAGGCACAUCUUGGAUCAUCUUGGCAUUGCACGAUUGCAGCGACACUUUUGACAUAUUUGAUGAAAGCACCUCAUUUGUUUACCAAGUGCAGACAAAGCUUUCGGUACUUUUACACCCUUCACUCGUCUGCACCUGACUUGCUUAGACAAAGCCCAAGGCUGGCAAAAAUCUCCAACAAGAGCUUGCCAUUGCAAAGCUCCUUCACUUGCGAGCAAAGACAAGUGACCUGGACCGACAGUCCUUACAGUGACCGCAAUCUUCACAUUGUCAUGCAUUUCCAGCCAUGUUCUGUUAAAACCGAAGCCCCAAGAAUCACUGUUGAGCCGGGCUUAAAGGACUGGGCACCAUUGGCACCGAAGUAAUACUUGGUCAGCCAACGCAAAGUGGUUGGAGGAUACUAAUCACAAAGAUUGCCGUGUGCCCUGCAGCCCUUGGCUGGCAGCUCGACCGCUUCCAGAGCUGUUUCAGCCCCACAGCAAGGCUGCCCCUGCGUCUCACGACACGAUAAUGCACCGGCGGCCAAGCAGGGCCGUCGAGCCGUGAUUUGAAAGACACCGGAAAGGAAAGUUUGCCGAAAUUGUUUUGCUCAUUGGAGUUUAACUGGAAAGGUC